CCCUAUCUCUCACAGUUCAGCUGGCUUGCACGGAACGCUCGCUCGUGAUAUACACAACUCGCCGUAUCUCGUAAAGACGGAGCUGCGUUCGCCAAGAGACGCAUGUCAAGGUAGCGAUCGGAUACCUCAACAGUCUUGUUGGACAUUCCACAGUUGUCGGGUGGAAUGAGUUUUAUCAAAAGUUUGAGACGCAAGAAAAAUGAAGACACAAAGGAGACCCUGCAGGUGAAGGGGACCUCAGAUGGCAACAACUCUCCAACGCGGUUACCUGUCAUAAGUAGUGAGGAGCUGGACUCCGUCAUCACAGAUUUCAAGUUACAGUUGCCGGACGACAAUAACCAUGGAUUUGCAACUUCACCAACUAAGAGGUCGGAGAAGUCGGAGCUGUCUUUGGCGCUUGAGGACUGCAUGGUGGCACUGGACAUGUUCCUGCAGAAUGACUUUGAGGGAGCUCUGUCCCGGUUGAGGACCAGGAUCAAGGACAGCAUGUACCAUGCCCUCACCUACGCCACCAUACUGGAGAUGCAGGCCAUGAUGACCUUUAACCCCGAGGACAUCAUGACUGCAGGCAACACCAUGAAAGAUGCCCAGGCUGUGUGUCAGAGGUUUAGGAAGAAGUCUUCCUUCAACAGCAAAAACUUCACAGAGGAGGAGCUUCAUGCUGAAGUGUGCUAUGCCGAAUGUCUCCUGCAGAGGGCAGCCCUCACCUUCCUACAGGAUGAAAACAUGAUCAGCUUCAUCAAAGGAGGCAUCAAAGUGAGAAACAGCUACCAGAUAUACAAGGAACUUCACACAAUCCUCCAGUCCUCUGGUUUUGCCCAAGGGGACAACCAUGGCCACUUUGAAGGAGGGGUCAAGCUUGGAGUGGGAGCCUUCAACCUAAUGUUGUCCCUGCUGCCCACUAGGACUCUCCGACUCCUGGAGUUUGUGGGCUUUUCUGGCAACAAGGAGUUUGGUCUCCAUCAGCUUCAGGAGGGUGCAGUGGAACACACCUUCAGAUCCUUCCUGUGCAACAUGCUCCUGCUCUGCUACCACACCUUCAUGAGCUUCAUCCUGGGGACGGGGGAGGGGGACGUGGAGGACGCGGAGAAGCUGCUGCAGCCGUAUCUCAAGCAGUAUCCCAAGGGCUCCAUCUUUUUGUUCUUCGCUGGUCGAAUAGAGGAAAUCAAAGGAAACUUGGAUGCUGCUAUCAAGCGUUUUGAGGAGUGCUGUGAGGCACAGCAGCACUGGAAGCAGUUCCACCACAUGUGCUACUGGGAACUGAUGUGGUGCUUCACCUACAAGAGGCACUGGAAGAUGGCCUACUUCUACGCAGACCUGCUCAGCAAGGAGAACGCAUGGUCCAAGGCGACGUACGCCUACAUGAAGGCCGCCUACCUCAGCAUGCUGAGCCCAGAGGACCGGCAGACGUUUGGCGAGAGCGAGAUCGACCUCUUCAGGCAAGUGCAUGGACUUAAACAGAAGAUUGCUGGGAAGUCUUUGCCUACUGAGAAGUUUGCCAUCCGGAAAGCGAGACGAUACAAUGCUGAAAGAUCUGUUCCUCUGCCAGCUCCUCCUCUGGAGAUGAUGUACAUCUGGAACGGCUACACUGUGAUUGGCAAGCACAAGGACCUGACGGAGGGGAUGCUCAAGACCCUGGACGAGGAGCAGCAGAAGCUGGAGAUGCACCCCAGGACGGACUUCACCAUAGAUGACCAGUGUGUGAUCAGCCUUCUGAAGGGACUGUGCCUGAAGCACCUGGGCCACCAGGAGGAGGCGGAGCACUACUUCACCCUUGUCCUCUGCAAUGAGACGCAGAUCAAGUAUGACCACUACCUGGUGCCCAACGCACUCCUGGAGCAUGGCCUGCUGUGUCUGGAGCAGGGCAGAAGGGAUGAAGGCAUUAAACUACUUGAAUCGGCCAAGCAGAAUUACAAGAACUACUCCAUGGAGUCCCGGACACAUUUCCGAAUCCAAGCUGCUUUGCACAAAGCCAGAGGCCCCACAGGGGUGAACGGAGAGCACUGCACACCCUCCAGCCCCUAGCCUAGCCUAGCCUAGCCUAGCCUAGCCUAGCUGGCCCGAGGACCUAGUAAGGAUCCUGGAGGUCUAGAGGUCUGGAGGAGGAUGGUGGGACGAAGAGGACCCACACGACAACCACUGGAAACAGCCAGACCACUGGACUGGCCUUGCCAUGAACCGCUGAGAUCACCCUCUCUAAAGAACUCUCUCACUCGCUUACUUGCUCACAUACCAACACACACACACACACAUAUAUAUGUAUACACACACUUUUACUGUCCCAUAAGGGCAAUUUUGUGUGCAGAAAUAGAUUGUCUCACAAAUAAUCUGGUCAAGGAAGGUAAGCUGCACACAAUAAAUAUUGUAAUAUACUCUCUCUCUCUCACACUCACUCACUCACACACAGACACACACACACAUACACACACACACACUUAGUGCAUGCAGAAAAACAUAGAGACAUAAACACCAGGUCAUAUGCAAGUGUGUAGCCCAGUGUGUGGAGUCAGCAGGUUUAGAUUAAUAACACUUGGAUGGCCAUGGACUUAGCCACAACUCCAUAUGUUCCCAUGCACCCAUGUACAGUCUAUUCCCAGCCAAUGGCCAUACUAUAGUCCUGCUGAACACAGACAAUCAGUUCUUGCUCCCUCCUAAAGGUUAAUGAUGCUUUACGCACAACGUCCGUCACACCUUUCAGUUACCUAGGUGAUCUCUCUUGCUUCAGAGUUCAUUUGAAUCUUGGUGAUCCUUUCGUCUUGUCAUAACACAUGCAGUGAUUUUAUAUAUAUAUAUAUAUAUAUAUAUAUAUAUAUAUAUAC